AUGAAGUAUGGUAUUCUGUACAUUUUUAUGAUAUGUAUCUCAUUUGGAAGUAAUACAAUAAAAUGCACAACUGUGAGUGUAAGUGAUAACAGGGGAAAUGAAGCAUCUGAACAACCUCUACAACCUGCACAACCUGGUCCUCAGACACAUGAGCCAUCUAAUUCUCAAGUACAAAACUCAUCUAAUCCGAACAUAUCCGAUUUAACUGUUACAACUCCUCCAGUUGCACAAAAUCUAUCACAUGAAACUCCCAAAAAUGGUUCAAGUCAAUCUCCACCUCAAAAUGGGCCUUUGCUUUCCUCUCCAUCAGCCGUUAAUAAUGGACAACCCAAUGUAAGUUCUGGUGGAGCUGUAUCCCCCAACUUAAGUUCUGCUGGAAACUCUAAUGGGGCAACGCAAUUAAGUGCAGAAUCGCAAAAUGGUGCUGUUUCACCUAAAGUACCAAAUUAUCAUAACAUGGCUAAGAUAGAAUCUGCUUUAUUAAAAAAUCAUACGGGGGUAAGAAUUACAGGACCAUGUAAUGAAGAAGUUGGGGUGUUUCUAAUUCCAUAUAUUUAUAUAACUGUUAAAAGUAAAACAGAUAAUAUAGAACUAUCAUCUAAAUUUCCUCAAUCAGAUAAUGAAGUAUUAGAAUUUAAAAAGGAAAAAGAAGAAUUACAGAAUAAGUGUGGACAAGAUUCAAAAAAAACGUUUAAAUUUAUAAUAUAUAUUCAACAGGAUGUGUUAACUCUUAAAUGGAAAGUUUACCCAUCUGAACCAUCAAGCGAUGCAAGUAAUGUCAAAGCUGAUGUAAGAAAAUAUAAAAUACCAAAACUAGAAACACCAAUAACAUCAAUUCAAGUGCAUACUGCGGCAGUUGAAGAGGGAAAGGCUUUUCUCAAAAGUAAGGAUUACUCAAUAAAAAACGAUAUUCCAGUUAAAUGUGAGCAAAUAGCAAGCGCUUGCUUCUUAAGUGGUAACACAGAUAUAGAGAAAUGUUAUACGUGUAACUUGCUAAUUCAGAAUACUCCUACUUCGGAUAAAUGUUUUAAUUAUGUGUCUAGUGAUAUUAAGGAAAAUCUUAAUGAUAUUGAAAUUAUCGCACAAGAUGAUGAAGGAUCUAAUGAAUAUAAACUUACAGAAUCUAUUAGCAAUAUAAUGAAAAGUAUUUAUAAGACAGAUAAAGGUAAUAAAAAAGAAUUAAAAAAAUUUGAAGAUUUGGAUGAUAUUUCAAAAGCAGAGUUAAUGAAUUACUGUAUGUUAUUAAAAGAAGUAGAUACAAAUGGAACGUUAGAAAUGAAUGAGUUAGGUAAAGAAACAGAUGUGUUCAAUAAUAUAUCGAGAUUGUUAAAAAAUCAUAUUCAAGAAAAUAAUACGGCACUAGUAAAGAAGUUAAAAAAUGCAGCAAUGUGUAUGAAAUAUAUUGAUAACUGGGUAGUAAAUAAAACGGGACUAAUAUUACCUGAAUUGUCAUACAAAAAAUUGGAAAAUACUAAUGACGUGUAUCUUAACGAAAACGGUGAACUACAAAUUCAUAAAAAUGGAUAUGGCCAUAUUGACAAAGAAGGGGAUAAUAAUAAAGGGGAUCUCACAAAUGUAGAUAAAGACUCAAAGGUUUUAUCUAUUCCAGUGACAAAUGGCAUGUUUUGCAAUGAAGAGUACUGUGAUAGAUGGAAAGAUAAGAAUAGCUGUGUUUCAAAAAUAGAAGCACAAGAUCAGGGAAGUUGUGCAACAUCUUGGAUAUUUGCAUCUAAAUUACAUCUCGAAACUAUUAGAUGUAUGAAGGGUUAUGAACAUGCGAGCAGUUCGGCAUUAUACGUUGCCAAUUGUGCGAAUAAAGAGGCUAAGGAUAAGUGUCAUGUUGGAUCUAACCCAUUAGAAUUUCUUAAAAUUAUCGAUGAAAAUAAGUUCCUACCUUUAGAAGUAAACCUUCCAUACUCAUAUGCAAAUGUUGGUAAUGAGUGUCCGAAUCCCCAGAAUCACUGGACGAAUUUAUGGGCAAAUGUAGAAUUAUUAGAUUCUAAAGAUGAGCCCAAUUCGUUGGGGGCUAAAGGAUAUACCGCCUAUGAGAGUGAUAAAUUUAGGGGAAACAUGGAAACGUUUAUUAAAAAAAUAAAGCAUGAAGUUAUGCACAAAGGAUCUGUAAUUGCUUAUGUAAAAGUAGAAAAUGUAAUGGGUUAUGAUCUUAACGGAAAGAAGGUGCUUAGCGUAUGUGGUGAUAAAAAUGCUGAUCACGCGGUAAACAUCAUUGGAUGGGGCAACUACAUAAACGAUGAAGGAAAGAAGAAGUCUUACUGGAUAGUCAGAAAUAGCUGGGGGAUGUACUGGGGGGAAGAAGGAAAUUUUAAGGUCGACAUAUAUGGCCCCGAAAAAUGUGAACAUAACUUCAUACACUCUGUUGUAAAGUUCAACAUCGAUAUACCAUUAUCAAAAGUCAAUACGAAGAAAGAAGCUGAAUUAUAUAAUUACUACCUUAAGACCUCCCCAGAUUUUUAUAGUAAUUUAUAUUUCAACAGUUUGAGCGCAGAAAAGGCUAAUGAUUUAAGUACCAAUAAAGUGUUAGAUCAGAUGACCGUUCAUGGGCAAGCAGUAGAAGAAAGCUCAGAAGGAACAAGUGGACAACAUGGACAACAUGGACAACAUGGACAACCUGAAUCAACAUCAUCAUCAGAAACAGUAGCGGAAUCUUCGGCCCAAGGUUUAGACUCAGCAGCAAGUGAUGUUCCAGAUGUCCAGAAGUUUGAAGUAGUACAUAUAUUAAAACAUAUUAAAAAUAGUAAAUCGAAAACAACUUUAGUUAAAUACGAUUAUUACUACGACUUUGGAGAUCAUGCUUGUUCAAGAACACAAGCAUCAAACCCAGAGAAGUUGGGAGAUUGUAUAUCAUUUUGUAAUAAUAAUUGGGAUACAUGUAGAAGAUCAGUUUCACCAGGAUACUGUUUGACUAAAUUAAAAAAAACGAACGAAUGCCUUUUCUGUUUCGUGUGA